GGCCAAUAUGGGACUGUUUUGCUCAUUGGUCAAGGAGAUAUUUCACAGAAUUUCAAACGCAAACAUGGCGGACGCCGUCCUGAGACGAAUUAGAAGACGAUGUACAGCAAUUGAACGGGCGUAUCAUCAAGGAUCUGCAGGUCGAAGAGAAGUGCGCGCUAUCGACAUCUCUAUUGCUAACUUGAGAAGAGUUGAAGACAGUAUUAGCGCAGAGGCAAUGCGGGAUAUAGUCCAGAGUCUCACAGAUCUUCGAAGUUUCAUCACUGCGCCCCCGGCACCCAAUGCAGUACGUGCUGGCUUCCACGCAGCACGUUUGCAUUCAGGAAGACGAGGGAGACCUGCACUUGACAUUACAAGGGGGCAAAUUGAGCUACUCUUGAGUCAAGGCUUCACAGUGAGAGCCAUGGCAAGGAUGUUGGGCUGUUCUUCCUCAUACCUGCAUAAAAAAAUGAAGUCUUUUCAGAUUUCAGCAAGAAACAGAUUCACUCCCAUUAGUGACGCUAAUCUAGAGGAGCACGUCAGGAGACUUCACAACCAGUUUCCCAGAUCAGGCUCAGAAAUGAUGAGGGCGUACCUGCAUGCUGAAGGGAUUGUAGUACAGAGGAGAAGAGUUCGAGAGACCCUGAACCGCAUUGAUCCAGCUGCUGCAGCCCAGAGAUGAAGCCAGACUGUGGCUAGGAGAACAUACUAUGUGCCGUUUCCAAAUAGUUUGUGGCACAUAGAUGGCCAUAUGCGUCUCAUUAGGUAAUCAGGGGUCAGCUCUUGUAUUUAUAUGUACUGGUGGGAGUCUUAGGAAGCCAUAUUGGGUGGGUGGUGCAGACUCACUUUCACUGUGUAUGUGUUAAAGUUCAGGUUUUUACAUAAUAUAACCUCUUCCAAAUCCA